GCGAAAGGCAGGCCAGGCAGGAGCUACGGCAGGCGACGGCCGGGCGGUCGUUUUAUUGAUCCCGGGGCGCCGCGGCGCUACCCACCCGCGGCGGGGUCGCCUCCGAGAACUUUCCUUUUCCUCGAUGAGGAUCCUUUUUUUCCAUCUUUCCGUCCUCUCGACGCUUCUCGCAGGACGAGAACACGUACACACACGUAUAUAAAGGAACGUAAUUCGACGUGACUCGAAGGAAUUAGAGUCCUGUGGACUCGCCCGAGUCUCGUGCGUGAUUAACGUCUCCUUUCGGUGGUCCUUGCGGUGUUGAUCUUGAGAAAAACUACGCUCGCGAGUUCAUCAGUGAGUAAUCGAGCCCGCUGAUGUCCCUAAGACGUCAAUCGGAGGGAUAAGAAGAAGUGGGAUAAGAAAGUGUACGAGCUUCGAAGGAUCGCUUUUAGGAUCACGGUGUGAAUCAUUUCGACGAUGAAGAAGUUAUAAGAAGUUUCGGGAUAGUUCGAAGAAGGACCCCGAGAGGAGUCGGAGGAGGUCUCUGCUUGGAAGAACACAAGCCGGGUAAGGAAAGCGCCGCGGCGCCGAAAUGGGUCCUGCCAGUAGCCGAGAACAGAUCGGUGAGCAGAUUGGUGACGACGAUGGCCUGCAGAUUAAUCCCAAGAGCAACAUCAUCGGGAACAACAUUACGGAGAGCGAGUACUCCGUAGAAGAGCAAUCGAGGUUAACAGGAGCAGAUGGAGCGGCCGACGAGGCGUCCCCGGAGGAUGAAGGAGGAUCUCUUUGCGAAUAUCAUGACAUACCACCACCUCCGGACGGCGGCUACGGCUGGGUGGUUGUGUUCGCGUCGUUUAUGUGUAACAUGAUAGUGGAUGGGAUCGCAUACACAUUUGGCGUUUUCCUUGGCGAGUUCGUUAAAUACUUUGGGGAGGGGAAAGGCAAAACUGCUUGGGUCGGUUCUUUACUCUCUGGCAUGUAUCUUAGUGCUGGACCCGUUGUCAGUGCACUGACUAACAAGUAUGGUUGUCGGGCUGUCUGUAUGGCAGGAAGUUUUCUAGGUGCAGCGGCAUUUGUACUAUCAACAUUUUCAACCAGUGUAAAUAUGCUUAUGAUGACUUACGGUGUGAUGGGAGGUAUCGGCUUUGGUUUAAUAUAUCUCCCUGCAGUAGUUUGCGUAGGCUAUUAUUUUGAAACCAAAAGAUCUCUUGCUACGGGCAUUGCGGUAUGUGGCUCAGGGUUUGGCACGUUUGCGUUUGCUCCUCUUGCCACAAUGCUGUUAGAAGCAUACAGUUGGAAGGGGGCAAAUUUAAUUUUAGCAGGCCUUAUUUUAAAUUGCGCAGUGUUUGGAGCAAUGAUGAGACCCCUCGAAUAUCCAAAAACUUCUUCUGUAAAGCCAUUGUUACAAAGAAUGGCAGAGGAGAAGAGGUUUCAAAUGGAACGUGGAAGUAUAGGAGGUUCUUACUUUAUGGUGCAACUACCGGAUGGAUCUAUGGAGAAAAGAAUGAAAAUGCCUAUUAAUAUUGAUCCGGGUGUACACUCCAGCUUCAAUUUAGAUCAAUUAGUGCCUGGAACUCCUUUAACACCAGUUCCAACGGUGCCGACCCUACCAACUAUAUCGGAAGUAAAAGUACAAGAACACUCAUCCAGCGGAGCAACUAGUAAUAGUGGUAGUAUGGACUUAAAAAGCGCUUCUACCAAAUCGAGGAGUAAAAAGAACUUAAAUGAGAAAGACAAGGAUACGAUAGAAAAACCCGAAGGUGAUAUUAUUAAGUCGAUAAUUCCAAGAAACGCUUCGCAACCAGCUUUUACUACACACGUGCAAGGUUUGCCUAAAAAUGGUUCCGUACCGUUCUUCGAUAGAAUCCGUAAAACUAGUACAGGCGAAAGAUACAAGCCAAGUUUAAGCGCUAUAAAGAAUUCUAGAACAACCUUGAAUUCCAAUGGAGACAUUCGAAAAAGUUUGCAUUUAAGGCUUUCUACUAGCAGUGUAUUAGGAUCUCGUAACAACAAUGCAGAAGUUGAGGACGGCGAAAGCAUAACUUUUACAACAAGUACAUCUCGUAUACCGAAGGAGAAGCCUUUAAUGAUUCGUCCUUUAUCAAGGAAAGAUAUAUUUUACAGCGGUAGCGUCGUUAAUUUGCCGGAAUAUCAAAGUCAGAAAUCUCUUGCUAAUUAUCGUCAAAGUGUCAUUUCGAUUCCGAAAUCUGUCCGUGGUGAAAUAAAGGAUAUAGAUAUAGAAAAAGCGCCUCAACAACCAUUGUGCCCUUGCUUAAUUUUACCUGACUCGUUUAAAGAAGCUUUAGCUACAAUGAUGGACGUAUCUCUGCUGAAGGAUCCAGUUUUUCUUCUUAUUGGAAUAAGUAAUGUUUUUGGAAUGGCAGGAUUAUAUGUUCCUUUUGUAUAUCUCGUAGAUGCUGCUAUUUUAGACGGAAUUGAAAGCAACUCCGCAUCAUUCUUACUGUCCAUUAUCGGUAUAACCAACACGGUUGGUCGUGUAGCUUGUGGUUACGUCGCAGAUUUUCCUCAAGUCGAUUCGUUAUUGUUGAAUAAUAUUUGUUUAAUUAUAUCAACUGUUGCUGUAGCAGCGACACCAUUUUGUCACUCUUAUGCGGCUUACAUCGCCAUGAGCAUAUUCUUUGGCAUAGCAAUAUCCGGUUACAUCUCAUUAACGUCGAUCAUUUUGGUGGAUCUUUUGGGAUUGGAUAAGUUGACAAAUGCAUUUGGUCUUCUCAUAUUAUUCAGAGGAGCUGCUGCGAUCGUUGGCUCGCCAUUAGCUGGUGCUGUUUACGAUGCCACACAAAGUUACAGUAUACCAUUUUUCAUGGCAGGAUUUUUCUUCCUCGUAAGCACGGUCACCAGUUUUAUGGCACCCGCCAUGAAACGGUGUACAACACCGCAGAUUACAUAUGCAUUUGUAGACCCAGCCUGUGAUAUUAGAUACGUUGACUCCAAUUGACGAGGAUAUAGAGGAAGAAAACGAAGAGGAUAUACCAGAGAUAAUUGAAACUGCACCAUCACCUCAAGAUCCACCAGAGAAAGAAAUUAAGCAGAUAGAGUCUGUUUUAUAAAGCACCUAGCAUCUUUUUUGUAAAAUAGAGAAAAAAUGUCGCCUUCACUCCGAGCCACACUGUGAUAGGGCUGCUUAAUUCGAGAAGGUCUCACAAGAGAAGAAACGUACUUCUUUGUUACGUAUUUAAUAAUGUGGAAAAAAAAAAGCACAAAUCGAUCGAGUAUACCUGGUGACAUUUUUUUCAUAUUCUCAGGACUUUUAUGAUACUAUAUAUAUAUAUACAUACUUUUUUCUUUCCUUCUUUUAUUCUAUUCUAAUGAGAUAAACCGUGCAAGAAAUAUCGCCAGGUAAGAAGCUGUUCUUUUGCCUACGUCAAUAAUAGAUGAUAGAUAGUGAAAUUUCUUAACUUAAUCAGUAUCGAUCGAUCAGUAUAUACGAAUUGAGAGAAAAAGAGAGAGAAAGAGAGAGAAAGAGAUAGAGAAAGAAAACAUGAAAAAAGAAAAAAAAGAAAAAAAAAAGUUGGAAAAAAGCGCUUUUGCACUUGCAUAUCGAGCAACUUGAGGAAUAAUUAAAUAUAUUUACAGCGACUUAGAUUAUGACGCUACGAUGAUGAUUUAACGCCAGGGAUGGUCAAUUUCAAUUCGUUGACUGAAUUUAUUUACGUGAAUCCGAUAUGUCACGUUAUAUAUACAUAUAUACAUAUGUAUAUAUACAUAUAUAUGUAUAUGUAUCUAUCUAUUUAUAUACAUGUACAUAUAUAUGUAUAUAUAUGUAUGUAUAUAAAUAUAUAUAUAGAUAGAUAGAUAGAUAGAUAGAUAGAUAGAUAGGUAGUAGUAGAGCCACCAAUUUCACCUAACAACGGGACAACGAAAAUACUUUCGCGAUUAUUAUUAUACACUUUGCUCUCAUAUCAAUUUUAUCUAUUUUUUCGCGUCUGUUAAGUUCAAUCAACGUUUUUAACGAUUGAUCGUCCUUCGUCGAGAAGAUCGCACCUAUUGACAAUUUAUUAUCGAAGAACUAUUUUUGGUCACUUCCAAAGAAUAUAUAUUAUGAUAAUAUACAUAUAUAUAUAUAUAUAAUAUGUACGCGCGUGUAUAUGCGUAUAUGUAUAUUAUAAUAAUAACAACUUGAAUCGUUCGUGAGAAAUAUUUUUCUUGUACGCGGGACAAAUGUAUAUAAAAAGAAAAAAAAAGAAAAAAAAAAGAAGCGAAUGGAUUAAUUAUCGUACGAGAGAGAGUGAGAGAAAGAGAGAGCGAGAGAGAGAGAGAGAGAGAGAGAGAGAGAGAGAGAGCGAGAAAAAAGAUAGAGAAAAAGAUAGAGUUGUUGCAGAAUAAGAAUUUGUAAAUAAUAUUUGUAGAGUACUGUAACAUAGUGUUAUAUUAACGAAAUUAUUAUAGGCGAGAAAAAAAAAUCUUAGAGAAUGAAACGAGUUUUCCGUUUCCUCUAGGCAGAGACUCUCUUUCUAAAAGCAACAGUACGACGUUUAUUAAUAUAUAUGAGAUAACGAAGGCAGUUGUUGGUUAGAGAGAGAGAGAGAGAGACUAAUUAAUAUAAUAGUUAUUUCGAAGCGAGUGUUUGUUCGAUCGGUGCAUAAAUUCGAGUUGAGUAAAACGUUAUAUAAAAGUAAAUGAAUUUUUGACUAAUGGCCUAGACGAAUUAACGCGAAACGUGAAGCAGAGCAAUAUAACUCUAAUUGUAACGUUAACGUACGCUUAAGAGAAACAUAUGUAUACAUAUUAUCCAAUCGAUUAAGAAUGUAAAUUUAUAUAACGAUGAAAUAACGUUUAUUUCAUUGUCCUUGUUAAACUUUAAUGCACUUUACGUGCCUACGAUUAAUCAGAAAUUGUAUAUCGAUUGAAUAAAAUAUAAAUAACUUUUUUUUGCUCUGCGCUACGCAUCGCGCCAUUGCGUUUAGGUCCUAAAGGCAGUGCCCAGGCGAGUCCCAAUAUCCAUUGUUUUCUUACUUAAGCGACUAUCAUUAGAAACAGAUUAGAGAUUGGAUACGUCAUCAUUCAUUUUUAUGUGAUUUUUAUUUCUCUAAGCGAUAAUAUACGCAUGUGUGUAUGUAUGUAUGUAUACAUAUAUAUAUAUAUACACAUGUACAAUAUACAUAUACGUAUUUGUGUAUGUGUGUAUGUAUAUAUAUAUAUAUAUGUGUAUAGAUUAUUACCGUACACGCCUAUUAUUAUCUAUGCAUACGCCAUAGGUUCGAGAAGUAUUCACAUAUACAGAGAAAAAGAGGUGUAUGUGUAUACCAAUGUAUAGAUAGAAAAAACACCGUGACACGUAUACUAGAGAGUUCAUUCAAGCCUCGUCGUUAAUGAACACGCGUUUGUGUCCCUUGUAUAUAUACGAUACUUGAGCGCAAAACACCUACACAUAACAAACAAUAUACAAACAAACACACGCAUACACACAGUUAUAAAUUAUCAAUGAUAGGCGAAUUGUAUGGCUGAUGUUUGUAAAAAAGAAAAAAUAUCACCAGCAUAGUUAAAAAAGUAAAGGGAAAAGAAAAAGAAAAACAAAAAAAACGAAACAAAUAAAUUCUCGCCAUCACCGAUCGCUACUGCUCUUUAACGGCUAAUUACUAUUAAUACAUUAUUAAGAACUAUUUGCUAACGUUAAGAUCUAUUUGCUAACACACACACACACACACACAGAGACAGACAGACAGGUAGAUAGAUACACAUGAAUACACGCGUGUACACGAAAAAACAAAAAAAGAAAAACAAAAAAAAACAGUUUUUUCUUACGAUUGUUGUUGUUACGCAGAGGGUGACGUCGUUAUGCGGUUCUCUUGUGACGAAUCAAAUACUAUUAUUAUGCGUGUGCCACAUUCACAUGAAAGAGCGUAUACGCGCGUCCUACGUUCAUUAUUAUCGAUUACUACUACCUCCUUUUCCCUCCCACCCUCGUCACCCAUCAUCUAUCACCCACGACCCCCUUAUUAAUAUUGUUGUAUUAUAAUAAGAUAGAUUAAAAUAAAAAAAAAAAAUGAAAAAGCAAAGAAGAAAUAAGAGAAAGCAUGCAUGAUGGUGCAUCGUGCUAUUUGCAAUGAACUAAUUUAUUGACGCGCGUAUACGCGCUUAUUAGCGCGUAAUGUAUUAUUUGUAUGUGUUUGUGGCGGGGGAAAUAAUGUCCAAAAAAAAUAGACACACUAGAGAAACGCGCACGCGCGUGCGUCGUAAUGUUAACAAAAAAAAAAAAGAUAAUGAUACACGUAUACAUACACACACUCACAUGAUAUGGUACAAAGCGGACAAAAGAUUAAGAAAAAAAAAAAUUCACAAAAAGAAAGAUAAAAACCAAAAAAAAAAGAAAAAAGAAAAAAGGUACCGAAGAAAAAAUCAGAAAAAAAGUAAAAGUAAAAAACAAGCAAAAGAAGAAGUGUAUUAGGUGACAUUUAUCGAGUUUUGAAGAGAGAGGAAAUUAUGAAUUUUUAUUAUUGAA